AUGGAUUUAGACUUUAUCUUUUUCCCAGCCCCAAAAGAUAUAUAGAAUGAUCACUAACAUGGUCAAAUAUUGUGGAUUCCUAAAUAUCCUAAACUUUAUCCUGCUUUUCAAAAUUAUGUACCUAGAACAAAUAAGAAGAGGGGAGUCUUCUUCAAAUAAAGUGAAUUGGAUUUUGAAGAUGAUCAUUUUUUAAUAGAUGAGCCCACAGAAACUUAGUUACAGCCCAUACCAAAUUUCUAAUGGAAACCAAUAACAAGCAGAUUAAGAAAACGAUAGCCUACUGACGCAAACUCUCCAACAUUUGAUUCUAAUGAAGGCAGUCCAGAUGUUCAACAAAAAUUGCAAAAAUUAAAUAUGCAGUCUGUUUAAAUCAUCACGAAGAAACCUUAAUUGUGUAGGAUGUCAUCAAAUCUUUACCCAAUUAAAAAGACAAGAAUUGAUUAGAGCAUUUGUUUUAGUUAACCAUUGAUUAAAUUGCCUCAAGAAUUGAUUGAUCUCAAAUAAAAAAAUCAAGAUUAAUCUAAUGAUGAACAACCUCCACCAAGAUCAAACUCAAGGGAAUCCCAUCAAAUCAAUGGCCAUAUUCCCUGCAUGUAUGUAAAUUCAAAUAAACAUUCCCCCAACAUUUUGUUAUAUUUUCAUGCGAAUUGUGAAGAUAUAACAUAAUCCUAUAAUUUUUUAGUUCAUCUUCGUGAAAAUUUAUAAGUCUCUGCUAUAGCUGUGGAAUAUCCUGGAUACGGCAAGUAUAAAAAUGAACAACCUUCAGCUGAAGCAAUACUAAACGAUGCCGAAUAUGUCUUUAAUUACAUUACCAAAAGAUUGGGAUAUGCUGAAAACAGAAUUAUUAUAUUUGGUAGAAGCAUUGGGAGUGGACCUGCUACUUAUUUGGCAAAUAAAUAUAAACCUGCAUGUCUAGUUUUAAUGUCACCAUUUACAUCACUUAAAGCAGCUGUAAGGGAUUACAUUGGUUCGUGGGCCUAGUUCUUAAUAAGAUAGAGAUUCGAUAAUUUAGAUCAGAUAAAGAAAGUGAAAGUACCAACAUUUAUAUUACAUGGUAAGGCAGACAAUAUCAUACCUUACUCAUAAGCAUUAGAAUUAUAUAAAUCAUGUAAAUCUGAUAAAUGUAUAUUACAUUUGGCAGAUGAUAUGGAUCACGUCAGUUAUAGAUUAUACAAAGACUUAAUUAAUCCAUUGACUGAAUUCUUACUUUAAAUUAAAUAUUAUCAGAAUAGUUCUUAAGGACCAAAAAUGCCAACUGUUCUCUUUUAUGACCCUACGAUUGAAUGA